UGGGCUGACACUUCUUUCCAGAAGCCCAGGCAGCAUGAACCUCACUCUUCUCUGGCUGUUUCUGCCACUGGUCACCGUGGCUUGGGGCCAGUAUGGCUACUACGGGUACCCAUACCAGGACUACAGCGACGAUGGGUGGGUCAACCUGAACCGGCAGGGCUUCAGCUACCAGUGUCCCCACGGGCAGGUGGUGGUGGCCGUGAGGAGCAUCUUCAGCAAGAAGGAAGGUUCUGACAGACAGUGGAACUACGCCUGCAUGCCCACGUCCCACAGCCUGGGGGAGCCUACGGAGUGCUGGUGGGAGGAGAUCAACAGGGCUGGCAUGGAAUGGUACCAGACCUGCUCCAACAACGGGCUGGUGGCAGGGUUCCAGAGCCGCUACUUUGAGUCGGUGCUGGAUCGAGAGUGGCAAUUUUACUGCUGUCGCUAUAGCAAGAGGUGCCCAUAUUCCUGCUGGAUGACGUCAGAGUACCCAGGCCACUAUGGCGAGGACAUGGACAUGAUUUCCUACAGCUCUGAUUACUACAUGCGAGGAGCUACGACCACCUUCUCCGCAGUGGAAAGGGACCGCCAGUGGAAGUUCAUCAUGUGCCGCAUGACCAACUACGACUGUGAAUUCGCCAAUGUUUAGAUUUGCCGCAAACCAGAUCUGGGUGAAGGGCAGGGACAGGGGGCCCGAGGAUGUCCACCUAUGUCCACAUCAGUCAGAUCCUGAGAGGUUCCUGCCGUUCUUUUCUCCCUGAGCCAGGCGGCAGCUGAGAUGCCAGCUUCCUAAGCCUUUCUGACUAGUAUCACACUUAUAAUCAAACCCACAAUGAAACCACGCUUCUCACUUUCAACAUGGUCCGUAGCACCCACUUUAGAGGCCUGACGGUGGCUUUCCUGCAGGCUGCACGUGCCCCGUGCCAGCUGCAGCCAGAGCACAAUGCCCGGAGCCCCUGCUGAGCAGUCCCCAGGAGGGGUUCGUGGAGGGCGCAGGGCAGGCUGAGGACCGUGGCAGGGCAGAAGCCGGAGUCCUCGGUCCUCCGCUUGAGGGGACAUGCUGCCUGGAGGUUCAGGGCACAGCUCCGUGCUCCACGGGGGAGGAGACGGGAAGUGAACUGGGAAACGGGAGGGUCUGGAUUGGAAGCUCCCUGGGUUGGAAGGAGGCUGUCAGCACACCCGGGGAUGCGGGGAGCGCAGGAACCUGGUUAGAAUCCGUCUGCAGUGAGACAGAAACGGGAAGAAGAGAAAGGCCAGAGGACUGACUCGGGCGAGGGUCCUGGGUGGAAGGGGAGUGCAGGGGCUGCUUUGGGAAAUGGGGGUGGGUUUGAGUCGCUGGACCCUGGGGGUACGGCCAGGACUCCUGGGAAGGCUACUGGCCCGCUCACCCGAUUGGCCCGGAUUUUCUGGACAGAAAGGCUGCCCUGAGGGCCCACUCCCCUCCUGUGUGUAGUUUAGGGGUGUCUUUGGCAGAGGCGGCACUGUCUUUCCCUCUGCUGUGAUGCGUCCCCAGCCAUUUGUACUCUGUUCAUUAUAAAACAAUAAACAUAUUAGCAUUCA